GCAUCGUAUUUGCGUACUGGUACCACAACCGCAGUCGGCAGCCUGCCAUGAAGGGUCACGUGAAGUCCCUUACCUCGCCAUACCCAGGCUCGCAGGUGGAGAGGUGGCCGGUACCCCCCGGAAAGGUCAGCUGGUCAGUGGAUUGGCCGGAGUAUCAGCCGGUAGAGUACACGGCCCCCCCUGUGCUGUCACGGCCAUUGUGGGCGGAUCCUCCGCACAGCGAGGAAAGCUUCCACCCGAAGUACAACGCACUAGAUGGCCCUGUGCAGAGGACGAGCUUUGAGGGGGUGUACCUGGUAGAAAACGGGAAGCCCAGAAACCCCAAAGGACGGACGGGGGUGACGGGAAGAGGGUUACUAGGCAGGUGGGGACCCAACCAUGCAGCCGACCCCAUCAUAACACGGUGGAAGAGGAACACUGCAGGAGAGAAAAAGAUAGACCCCCGGUCCGGGAAAGCCGUCUUACAGUUUGUGGCCAUACAGAGAAAGGAUUGUGGCCAGUGGGCUAUACCUGGAGGGAUGGUGGAUCCCGGGGAACUUUUUACAGCGGCGCUGCGAAGGGAAUUCUGCGAGGAGGCACUGAACUCUCUGGAGAAGCGCGUAGAAGAGGGGGACACGCAGGAAAGGAUUCAGAGCCUUUUCUCACAGGAGCAUGUACCGAUCUACAACGGGUACGUGGAUGACCCACGGAACACCGAUAAUUCUUGGAUGGAGACACAAGCGGCCAAUUUCCACGACGACACAGGCCACAUAUUGGAUCAGCUUGCGUUGGAGGCGGGUGACGACGCCGGUAAAGUGCACUGGGUGGAUAUCAACCAAAAUUGCAGCCUGUACGCCAGUCAUUCCCACUUCAUCCAGAUUGUGGCUGAGAAGAGAGGGGCACACUGGUAGAGACCCCCAUAGGGGA